UCCGUCCACUCCGAAUUUUGCCAUCAUACCUUGAUCCUCGACAUAUCACCCACAACCUCUCAUCGCAGCAACAACGUCAGCCAGCCAUCAAAUCAGUCGAAGUUUACUCGAAAGAUUUUGCGAUAAUACAACACUGCAUUAGAGAAAACCAUCCUAGGAUCCCGCGACAAUGUCGUUCACCAUCUCGAUCCGUCAGGGCCCAGCUCGUCUGGCCCAUCUGAUCAAGAGCACCAGCGCAAAGCCAACUACCCUUCGCGCUUUUCACCAGUCUGCUCCCAAAAACACUUUUUUCACAUCAAAGACAGCAACAUGGCGCCCGACGACGUCCUCCAGCCUUCUCACCCGCGCCUCGAGCCGAGCUUACCACCAGCACGCCCCGCAUGCUCCGGUGGACAACUCGUCGCUGAUGCGCAAGCUGCUCGUCGGCGGUGCCAUCUUUGGAGGAACCCUCGUGGCAACCAACCUGGUCUUUAACCGCGAGACCCGCGAGGAUGGAGGCAUGCCUCCUUACGAGCGCUCGUACCUCAACGACACCUUUUUGCACACCGGUCUGGGUGUCGGCAUAAUCGGCUUGACUGCCAGGCAGAUGAUCAAGACGGGAUUCGUGUAUCGCUUGAUGGUCACGAACCCUUGGGUCUUUGCCAUUGGCGGUCUAGGUCUCAGCUUUGCUACCAUGAUUGGCGCCAGGUCUAUUGACCCUGACAACUACGUACCCAAGUACGCCCUUUGGACGGCCUUCAACGCGACGCAGGCCGCUUUCGUCGCUCCUCUUCUCGCCUUCGUUCCGGGCCCUCUCAUUGCCCGUGCUGGCCUCUACACCAUCGCCAUGAUGGGCUCCAUCUCGUUUGUCGGCGCCACCGCCAAGCAGGAAAAGUACCUCUACAUUGGUGGACCCCUCCUGGCCGGUGCUGCCAUUGUUGCCGUCUCGGGGCUGGCUCCUCUCGUCGUCCCCGUGACUGCCGUUAGGACGCUUGCCUUCACCGAGAACCUCUGGCUCUACGGUGGUCUCGCAGUCUUUGGCGGCUUCACGCUCUACGACGUUCAGAAGGUCUUGCACCACGCCCGCCUUGCCGAGAGGGGUCUCAUAAAGAAGGAUCCUAUCUCUGAGAGCAUCAGCCUGGAGCUUGACUUCCUCAAUAUCUUUAUCCGCAUGGUGCAGAUCCUGAUGAUGCAGAACAACAGGCGAAAGUAAGCGGAGGAUGAAGACAUGCAUUUCUUUUGUUAUCAUGUAAUCAAGGUUUUGCGCUUUAGGGAGGUGAUUGUACUACCUAACUCUCUGCUCAAAAAUGGCAUUUAGCAGCCCGUACAUAACUGGUGUUGAGGCGUUGGAUUCCGUAGUGUAUAAUACCAGGAAAAUUGUUUUUAUGAACUACCUAAACUUUACAUUUUGCGCCCACAAUCAAAGCUACAGUCUAGAUUUUCGCUCUUCCCUCCUCCGGGCUGUCCUGCAGUCAUUUGAGCUCGGGGAAAUCCCUCAGGUGGUGGCUGGCACACUGGUACCCAGACGGGUUCUUGUGAAGGUACAACUGGUGGUAGUCCUCUGCGUCCCACCACUGUCCGGCUGGUAGCAGCUCCGUGACGAUCUUGCCCUUCCACCACUGCUCGUUUGCCUUUUGCGUCACCUCCCUCGCGAUCUUCUCCUGCUCGGCGUUGUGGUAAAACACGGCGCUUCGGUACUGGGUGCCUCUGUCGUUACCCUGCUGGUUGGGCGUCGUCGGGUCGUGCGUCUUGUAGAAGAACUCGACCAGCUGCCUGUAGCUGAUGCGGCUGGGGUCGAAGACGACCUGCGUCGCCUCGGCGUGGCCCGUCGCGCCCGAGCACACGGCCCGGUACGACGGGUUCUGCGCCUCGCCGCCAAUGUAGCCCACGCGCGCGUCGUACAGGCCCUUGUUCUCAAAGUGCUUGCGGAAGAUGUGCUCCACGCCCCAGAAGCAACCCGCCGCAAAGGUCGCCCGCUGAGCACCCUCGGGGAUCGUCGCUGCCGCCGCGCCGCCGCCGGAUGUGGCCUCGGAGACGGAGAGCAUGGUUGAUGUCGUAAAUGGUCGCGUCAGGCGGGUGAUGAAUGCCGGGGUCGAGAAUACCAUUGCGAAGAGUACUGCGAGGGCAGCGGUCAGUAUCGUCGCUGCCAGGACUGGUUUCGUUGACGGCCGGGAGGGUUUUAAUGGUGCGUUGGUUUUGGGCACCGUUUUUGAUUUUGGUUUGGUAGGGUGGGGUAGAGGCUUGGAAAGACUCGUAGAAGCUGUUGGGAGCUUGACGGGUAAAGGCGAUUGCGAUGGAUGUUGGUGCAGGUGUUGAGUUGCGAAUGGUUUACUGUAUCUGCCGGCAGUUGUGAUGUGGAAACGCAGAAUUAGAAUCUCUUAAAACAUACCCCAAUGCUUGGCCUAGUUCUCCAAAUCCAAAUUAGUCUAGACCGUCAGUGGCGAUCUUUUGCUUGUAAUGUAAUCAAGAGUUGAGCCUCGG